AUGGCAGAUAACCUAAAAGAGGACGAUCCCACGUUGGCUGGCGUGGAAGAUGGAGUUGCGCCUGACUCGUCUGUUCCUCUUGCUGACGAUUUGGAAAAAACGGUGGAUUCAGAGAUCAAGGCUAAUGGUGAUGCUAAGGAGACAGAAGAGGUUCAGCAACAGAAUGACUCUAAUGGGAAGAUCGAGGAUGAUGAGUCGCUAAAGCGCCAAUUGGAGGAGACAAGGAAAGAGAGAGACGAUGCUAAGUUGCAGCUCGAGGGAAUCAUCGGUAAACUCUCGGGCAUGAAAACCAUGUUCCAGAACUAUAAAGCUACGCAAGCAGAGCUCGACGAGCUUAAGGAACAGAGUGGUAAGUGGAGUGAGACAAAAGACGAGCUUGAAGCUGAGAAUGGCAAGCUCGAGGAGUCUGUCAAGGCUUUGACUGAAGAGCUCAAGAACCUUAAUGGUGAAUGUGACAGACUCAGCACACAAGAUAGCGAUUUGCGGAGAGAAUUGCAGGCGAAGGACCAGGAGCUUCAGGAUGAAAAGUACCGUCUUGAAAUGGAGUUGAGAACGGCCCAGAAGUCUGCUAGCGGACAGAAGUCUGAGUACUCCGAGCUCAAACUAGCCAAGGAAGAGCUUGACAUGGAGAAUAGAAACCUUCGGUCUAUUAUUGACGAAUUGAAGACGAAGCUUUCAGAUAAGGACGAGGAGAUCAAGAAGCACGACAGAAAAGCAGAUGAAACGAAGCUUGAGUAUGAUGAUAAGGUGGAAACCCUUCGAGGAGAAGUGGAAGAGCUCAAGAAGGAGGUUGAAACCAGCAAGAAGGCUACACAGUUGGAGAAAGACGAGAAAGAGAAGCUCCAGGGCGACUUGAAACACUCACAGGAUGAAUUACAACGUGCCACUACGGAAGCAUCCGAAGUACAAACACUCAAAGAAGAAAUCCACAGCAAAUCUAUCAUCAUUGGCAAGCUCAGGCACGAAGCCAUCAUCCUCAACGAACAUCUCACCAAAUCGCUUGGAAUGCUCAAGCAGCAGCUGAGCAACGAUAACAACACUAUAGACAGAGAGCUCAUUUCCAACGUGAUACUAAAUUUCCUUCAAAUCCCAAGAGGCGACGCUAAGAAGUUUGAAGCGUUGCAGCUCAUCAGCGUGCUCCUAGAGUGGGACGAGCAAAGGAAAGUUCAAGCUGGUCUCUCACACGGGUCCAGUAACAAAAAUCGGGAAGGCGAAAGCAGAACCAGGAACUUCGUCUCCUUGUGGACAGACUUCUUAGAGAAGGAAUCAACCAAGGGUAACUCGGGUAAAUAA